AUGGAGAAUUCCAAUAGUGACUAUCCGCCUCAUCUUUCCGAAUUUUAUUCAAUAGUUAAUAAUAAAGAGACAAGAAAUAACGUAAGACCAGCGACAAACAAUAGCAAGAAUGUUCCAACUCACAAAUACAAUAAAUCUGUCACGUCAAGCUUAAAUUCAAAUAUAAGUUGCUUGCAAGAUUUGGCAAUGAUUAUAACAAGCAAAGAUAUUGAUCAAUUAAUAACAUAUUUAAAUCAAUUAAAGACUGUCUCUAUUAAAUAUUCAAAGACUUUAGAAGAAUUAUCAAAUGACACCGUUGAAUUUUCAAAUAUAAUCAACAAUUUAACAAGAAUCAAAACCUGUCCCAAUGAUAAUCAAAUUCUUAAAAAUUUGUUGGAUUCAAGUGGACUUUUCCAAAUCAUAACCAAUCACCAUUUGUUAUUAUCAAACUCAAUCAAAUCAUAUUUUGUUAAGAGUUUAAAUGAAAUUAUCGAUAAAAUUAGGAAUUAUUAUAAUGCUAAAUAUGAUGAAUUUAAUAAAUUUGAUCAAUUACAAUUAAUUAAAUUAAACCAAUUAAAGGAAAACUACUAUAAUACAAAUAGAACACAUUAUCAUAAAAAUAGACAUGAUAACCAUAGAUUCGAAGACAAUUUAAUACAAAUUAAACAAAAUUUAAACGAUUUACAAAUUCAAUUGAACGAAAUGGAAUUAAGUAGAUUUAAUUAUUAUAAUGAUUUAAUUGAAUUCAAUGAUAGUAUAUUUGCUAAUAUUAUUAAUAGAUUAGCCACAAUAUCCAAAAUCCAUCUAGAGAUUAACGAAAAUAUUGCAAGAAAAAAUUGGCCGGAUGGUGGAUUAAAUGAACUAUUGAGCCAUUCUGAUGAUGAUAUAUUAUUUAAUAAUAAUAAUUAUAAUACUAAUGACAAUAAUAAUAGUGAUAGUAGUACUCAUAAGGUAAAAAAAGAAAGGGAGGAAGAAGAACAAAAUAAAAUUUUGCAAUUGCAUAAUAACAAUAACAAUAACACUAGUAAUAAUAGCGACGAUAAUUCUAACGAUGACAAACUAAGCAAAGGAAUAAUAAAUAACAAUAACAAUAAUGACAAUCACGUAGCAUCAACAACAAGUUUAAAAAAAUAUAGUAGUGAUGGCAGCAUACCCCUUUGUUUAGAGAAUAAUAAACAAUCAUCAUUUUCAAACAAAGGAAAUAAUAAUAAUAAUGGUAGCACCAACCACAUCAAUAAUGAUAAAGAUAAAAAUAAUACUAUACUAAAUAAUUAUAUAGGAGAGGAUGAACAUGACCAAUCAUUUUCUUUACCCUUAACAAUACCACCAACCAGUGAUUACAAUAACAUCAACAAUAGUGAAGAAGAAGAAGAAGAAGAAAGAGAAGAAGAGAAUAAAAAUGAAAAUAUAGAAACAAAGGCGGAAGACCUUCAACAGAACAGUCUUUCUAACAUAUUAGACCCAAAUUUAGGAGCAUCAACAAUAAUUGAUCAAUCCAGCAUAUGA